AUGCGAGCUUCCUGUAGUAGUAGACCACCCAAGGAUAUAUCCUCACUUGCUCUUAUAGCUUUGAAUUAUGAGGAUGCUUCCGACUCUGAAACUGAAGCGAGAGAGUUUUCCCCAGUAUCCGACCUUGCUGAGGAGUCCUUUCCAUCACAUGUCUUCUGUCUUCAGCAUGCUUUUGGAGUUAAACAGAAACUGGAUGCGCUUGGGGGCAUGCACAUGUUACUCCUUUGUCAUCCAGAUUAUCCCAAGUUUCUGGCUGAAGCAAAACUAGUGGCUGAUGAACUGGGAGCAGAACAAAUUUCGAGCGAUAUUUCCUUCAGGACAGCCACUGAAGAAGACAAGGAAAGAAUCAAAUCAGCUGUAGAUAGUGAAGGGUCCAAUCUUUCUUUCAGUGCCAACCCAAUUCCAAAAUUAAAGAGAAAGGGUAUGGAUGAUCUUGAGCCAGCCCAAACAAGCAAGUUUCCAAGGGUUGAAGAGUCAACCGAGGCGACAGACCAGGAACAGGUUAGAGUAUCCGAAAAUUUACCUAAGCCACCAGAACCUGAUGUAGUGCCCGGCAAUUUAUAUAGAACAACUGAUUUGGCCUCUGGGAGUAGAAAAGACAAAUGUAUUAUACAAUACAAGAGGACUUACAAAAAUAAGUCCAAGGUAAAGCCAAUCCAGGAGGAGACUCCCCAUGACCAGGGCACUGAUAUUUUGGAAGGUGGGCCGAGCACUAGACUCAGGCCAAGAAAGUUAAAUCAGCCUCCAAAGGACCCGGAACAUGUUUCACACAAAGUUGUAGCAAAAGAUGAACUGAAGACAUCCAGUAACAGAGGAAAAUCGGCUUCUGGAAUUCAAGCAUCAGCUGGUAGCAGCUCCAAAAAAGCAGAGGCAAAGUAUUCAUGUGAAGUAUGCAUGAUGAACUUUGGCUCCAAAAAAGAGCUGGGGCUCCAUGGAAAAAAUAUCUGCUCGGUCAAGGGGUGCGGAAAGAAGUUUGCGUCGCACAAAUAUCUGAUCCACCAUCAGAAGGUGCAUCGUGAGGACCGCCCCCUACAAUGCACUUGGGAAGGCUGCACCAAGACGUUUAAAUGGGCUUGGGCUCGGACGGAACAUAUCAGAGUUCAUACAGGUGACCGUCCAUAUACCUGUGCUGAGACUGGCUGUGGCAAAACAUUUCGCUUUGUGUCAGAUUUCAGUCGCCACAGGAGGAAGACCGGACACUCAGGGUAGCUCGAAGAAUGAGCAUCGAAAGGCAUGAAGAAACAGAGAAAUGAAGCAAGUUAACAUUAGCUAAGAACCUCGUUGCUCAUGUGCAGAGGUAGGUGUAGUUUCUAGUUUAACAUGUCCUUGGAAUGUCUUUCAUAAUACAGUUGAUUUAGCCUUCUUAAUUUCAGAAACAGACUAAUCAGCCACAUUGGAAUGUGCACAAUGUUGUCUUAGAUUAGAUGGUCGAAAUUUAUUUAUAAUUCUGGAGUUUAGA